ACGAAAGUGGUUUUCUCUUUGGGGCGGCGGCAUCUCCUUUGCCCCCCGCCCGGUCCUGUGGCGCAGGUAGGAAUUACGAGCGCGCCCGGAUGCUUAGUCCCGCCUCCUAAAUUUCACUGCUGAACGCUGAUUGGCCGAAUGCUGAGCGAUGCGACAUUUGAAUUUGGACUGGCUUUCUACUCGACUUGGCAUUUAAAGUUGCUUUUUGCCAAUCUGCUCGGACUUGGCAACUUCUCGGCGCACGUCCUGGUAAAUUCAAGAACCGCGGCGAGUCCACGAAACGGACGACACGAGAUCAAAGAACGACAACUCGGAAGUUCCUUCUUUGGGCCGAGCACCGAAGACAUUUCAGCGUACUCGCAGAACUACAUUCGACUACUGAGAAACUGCCCUCGUUUACAGGGUUUGCGUGUUUGCGGGCGGCGUCAUGCGCCACGACUCCUCGUCCAGCCGGAGGAAAGCCAGCCACCCGCAGCGCCGCCCGCCGCCGUCGCCCGCGGCUACCCCCCGCGGGCACCGCCCGCCGUCGUCGCCGCAGCCAGGCCCUUCCGGGGCCGGGCCGUCGCCCAGGAGGCGAAGGUACCGCCCGGGCACCAAGGCCCUGAUGGAGAUCCGCAAGUACCAGAAGAGCACCGAGCUUCUCUUCAGAAAGGCGCCCUUCUCUCGCCUGGUUCGUGAAGUGUGCCAGGCUUACGACAGAGGUGCCCUCCGGUGGCAAGUCUUCGCUCUGAUGGCGCUUCAGGAGGCGGCCGAGGCCUUUUUGGUGAUGUUGUUCUCCGACGCCAACCUUUGUGCCAUCCACGCCAAGCGUGUCACCCUGUUUCCCCGCGACCUCCAGCUGGCCCGACGCAUCCGCGGCACCCAAUGCACGUGAGGCGGCCAUGCGGCGGCGCGAGCACUGGACGCUGACCGCCCAACCCAGCCCGUGUCCUCGAAAUCCUUCAAAUUGCCAACUUUGUGUUUUCCCAAUAAAGUCAUGUGACAAUGGGGUGGAUCAUUUCUUGGCCCCGCCCAGCCAGCCAACCAGGUGACUGCUCCGUUUGCCGUGUCAAAGGGGACAUUUUGGCCCCGUCUCACCCCCCCAACCCCCACCCCCCCCAACCGACGCUUCCCUGAUGACGUCGGGUCUCGGACACGACAACUGCAUCCCCGCAGCUCUAACGUCAAACAAAUAAAGGAUGCGCGUCGCCAUCA